UUUCAUGAAGCGUGGACAUUUUGAAAACAUUAGAUGUCGGAAGUUUGCGACAAAAUACUUGCAUGAAAACGAAAAUCGAGCUAAAUGUUGUUUAAUAGGCUUCCUGAAAAGUCACAAAAAGUGCCAGUCUGAUGGAAAAGUUUGCCUGUCCGGACAAAAAUUCACUUGACCGAACAGCAAAUGCCUUUGCCAAGCAACAGGAAGAGAGCCCAUGAGCCGGAUAUUGAAGCAGGAGGUGGUGAUGCUCCAAGCAGCAAUGUCAAAGUUGUCGUCCGAAUCAGGCCUCCAAAUGUGAAAGAAGUAGAAGGAAACUUUCGUGAAGUUGUUCAGGCAGUUGAUGAAAAUGUGCUUGUGUUCGACCCAAAGGAAAAUUCCUGCAAUGACUAUAGGAAUGGUACUGGGAGGAAGAGACCCAGGGAUAUCAGUAAACGGGCAAACAGAGAUCUGAAAUUCGCAUUUGAUCGGGUCUUUGCUCCAAAUGCCACUAAUAUGGACAUUUAUAAUGAAACAACAAACUGUGUGCUAACUGGCAUUUUAAAUGGUUACAAUUGUUCAGUAUUUGCAUAUGGGGCCACAGGGGCAGGGAAGACCCAUACAAUGUUGGGGAGCAAGGAGCACCCUGGGGUCAUGUAUCACACCAUGAUGGACCUGUACGCCCGCAUUGAACAGAUGAAAGACACAAAAACAUGUGAUGUUGCUGUCUCGUACCUUGAGGUAUACAACGAGACCAUUCGUGACUUGCUGGUCCCUGGAGGAAAUCUGCCAAUCAGAGAGGACCCGGGUCACGGCGUGGUCAUACAUGGAUUGUCCCUGCACAAGCCCAAGAGUGCCGAAGACUUGCUGUCGAUGCUGCAGUACGGCAACCAGCAUCGCACCCAGCAUCCCACAGACGCGAACGCCGAGUCGUCAAGGUCACACGCCGUCUUUCAGGUGUUUGUUCGACAAAAAGACAGGACGGCCAACAUUUCCACUGAAGUGCGGGUGGCCAAGCUCUGCCUUGUUGAUUUAGCGGGCUCUGAAAGGGCCACCGUCACGAAGAACAUGGGAUCGCGAAUGAGAGAAGGGGCCAACAUAAACAGGUCCCUUUUGGCACUUGGAAAUGUCAUAAAUGCUUUGGCAGAAAAUAAGAGUAAGGGCUAUGUUCCAUAUCGAGACAGCAAGCUGACUCGGCUGUUGAAGGAUUCACUGGGAGGCAACUGUCAGACAGUCAUGAUAGCUGCUGUCAGUCCAUCAGCCAUGUCAUUUGAGGACACUUAUAACACAUUGAGAUAUGCUGAUAGAGCCAAGCACAUCAAAGCGGAGCUCAAGAAAAAUGUGCUCAAUGUCGAUUUCCAUAUGGCGCAGUAUGGGAAGAUUGUGCAAGAACUCAGAAAAGAGAUAAAAGAGCUGAAAGGCAAGCUACAGAGCUAUGAGGGUGGCUCCCAGGUGUCAUCAAAGAUGGCUGCACCACCACCUGUCAACAUGUUCAGCUGCAGCAAGUAUGAGGGUGAGAUAUGCAGCCUGUAUGCCAAUCACCAGGCAGUGUUCAUGGACCAGCUUCAAGGGGAGAUUACUCUGCGCAGCCUGCAGUGGAAGAUAUACCGGAGAUCACGCUGUCUCAAACGACUGGCAACAUUGGAUGAGGCAGCAAAUGUUGAGAGUGUAAAAGUAGUGGACUCACUCAUUUCUGGUCUAGGCCAGAAAGCUGCAUGCAUGGAAGUCUCGUCUAAUACUUCUAGAGGCAAGGUGGCCAAUAGCUUCAAGCAUCUGGCUGACAUGGAGCAGAAAAUGCAGGCUCAUGCUAUGAAGGAAAAUAACAACAGAGUUCCAGAGGCAUUGCCUCUGCGUUGCCAAUUUGAGCGUCUGCGCUGUGAGCUGGAUAUCAGUAGGCAGCAACUUGCCUUCACCCAACAGGCUGUCAGGUGUCAAGAACGCGAGCUUGUUCACAAUGAACGGCUACUCCAUCAACUUUUAAAGCUCGUAAAGCAUCAGCACUACAUUCUGAAGGGUCACAAGAUUCUGACCUCUGACCUUGUGUCCAUGUACGAGGGGGUCAACAGGUGGGCUGCUGGGCAGGAAGUGAGCUGGGAGGAUUCAGAGCAGGGAGGUGAGGACAGCUAUGUGCGGGGUUAUACCCUGGAACAGAUGCUGGACUUGCCAGUCCUCGGCCUCAAGCAUGAAAGUGCAGACACCCAAGAUAUGCCGAUCUUGGACAAGCCUGUAGCAGAGGAGAACAAGGUGUUCCGGUUCACAGCAACCAGUGUUAACACUGCACCGCAGAGCUUUCCACAACGGGUUGAUGAAUGUUCUCCACCAAAAGCUAAAAGAAUGAUGUUAGCCCCUUCAUGUUCACAACCAGCAGCCAUGAGGGUGAAAGGUCACAGAGGGGUCACGACCCCAAACCAAAGUAGGUCCAAUGUGCGGUCCAAGUCACAGAGUGAGGGUUCUAGUCAGAGACAUAGGUUGCCUAGCAACUUGGCCAGUGGUGGGGGUGGUAACCAUAGAGACAAUAAUUGUCCACAGAAAACUGAAUACCCUUCAAGAGUUUUUAGUAAUAGUUCCAGACGACCUGCGAACAAUAGUAGAUCAAAAUUGUCUAACAGUGUAAAUACCAGUGAUGAUUUCGAAGAUUCUUGUCCAGCAAGUGAUAUUACAAAAUCCAAAUUUUCUCAUGUAAAUGACACUAUAACAAAGUGUAAAAAAUUCUCAAACCUGCAUGUAAAAUCUGACAGUGUGCAAGAGACAAUACCAGAAGCUGACUCAGACAACCUAGACAAUACUUUCACUAUUGAACCUACUGUGAAUCCUGAAGUGUUGCCACAUGUAGACUCUACCUGCCAUACAAGUGUGAACAAAUCCAACUUAAUGAAUGAACAUGGGGAAACAGUGGCAGAUGUAUAUAACCCAGACCCUGAGCCGGCGCUGAACUAUAGUAACUGUGUGGAUGAAUCUCGAACUGGGUUGUCAAACAACUUGGGUGAAAACGAUUCAGGAACAAGUACAAUAGUUGACCAGUCUGCCAACAGUGUAACCAGUCUAGCCUCUGUUUCUACUCUUGUGGACGGUCCACAAAAUUCAUCUCAGAAUCUCUCGGGACUGGACGAGGCUCAAAACUGUAGGACAAGUUUGGAACCUCCUAGGGCGAAAGAAGUAGCGAAACCGCCGCGAGCAUCUAUUAAUAGCAACACUGUUGUGAAGUCCACUCGACAGAGUUCAGAAAAACCUGUAUCUUGUAAAGCGUUGCGCUCCAUUACGUUUGAAGACAGUGGCAGUAUAUCAUCUUCUAAAGGUGAGCAACAAACUGAUGUUUCACAAAGUAAGACACCAGAUAGAAAACCACUGAGACAGGUGGGGAGUGGCAAUACACCUAAUUCCCAACAGCGCAGGUCUUCAUUCAGCAAAGACAGCAAUCAAAAGAGGUUGUCAGCUGGAAGAUCAACACCAUCCAGGCUGUCUGACAAAGAAAACAUGGAAAAUAAACUUGACGACCUCAGUCGGUAUGGCAUGCCUUCCCUUGUGGCCGGGAGUCUUCUCAAUACAGGGAGGACGAUCAAGACUGAGCAAACCUCUGGGAGUACCCCUAACUACAUGCAGGCCACCAAGUCUCACAUGAACAGGAAGAUAGUCCACCUUAAUAAAAAUACCUCCCUCAACUCCAGUGAUGACAGUACCGGCCUCUCCAGCACUGCAGGCUCUACAAUGGCCAAGUCAGCCUUUAUCAGUAAAAAUGCCAGGCCACUUGGUGCCCACAUGCGCAGCAAGUCGGCUUGUAAUCUUGCAACAAGAGCAGCGUGGCAGUUUUGACGUCAGGUCCAUGCUGGGAUAUAUUUACAACUCAAGUCCUAUAUUCUUGGACACUGCAAGUGGAAAAUUAUUAUGCAUUUGGGACAAAAAAUUAUUUUUGAUUGUCUUCAAUUAUGUUGCCAAAAUUUGCUUGCAUUUUGAAGCAAGAACUGAAACAAGAAAAAUAUUGAUAACCAGUAAUUAGCAUAAGACUGAAUGACUGCUAAAAACUGUACCUUCACAACUAAUUUUGAAUGACAAGAACCUACUUUGGAUACAUAUGAUGCCAGAUAUUUUUUGUUUAACCUUUCCCAAUCAGAAGCAAAGUGAAAAUGGCUAUGUGCAAACAGCAUAAAACCAGCACAACCUACGAGUCACUUACAGCCUGUUCAGGUUUUAUGCUGUUUGUUGCUAAUCAGUAUCUAAGGGUUGGAAAACUUGAGUAUAGUAAAAAAAAGUCUUGAAUUAAAUUUAACUUUCUAAGUGACUACAAAUGCAUCAUAAUAUGUAUCUAUGGGGAAAAUGGUUAACGGUGAUUCCUUAGUAAAAUUUGUUUAACCCUUUACCACUUAGAUACAUAUUUUGAUGCAUUUGUAGUCUCUUGGACAGUUUUAUGUAAUAAAAGACCUUUCUUACUAGAUUCAAGUUUUAAAGGCUUCAUUUCCACCCUUAGAUACUGAUAAACAGCAAACAGCAUAAAACUUGAACAGACUUUGAGUAACUCGCAGGCUGUUCUGGUUUUAUGCUGUUUUCCAGAUAGCCAUUUUCUUUUUGCUUUUGAGAAGAAAAAGGGUUAAUAUGAAAAUACCCUUUUUAGCUCACCUGAUUACUCAGGUGAGCUUUUGUGACCGGUCUUUGUCCGUCUUCCGUCUGUCGUCUACAUUUGGUUUUUAAACACUCUAGAGGCCACAUUUUAUGUCCGAUCUUUAUGAAACUUAGUCAGAAGAUUUGUCUCAAUGAUAUCUCGAUCAAGUUCGAAACUGGGUCAUGCUGGGUCAAAAACUAGGUCACUAGGUAAAAAAAAAGAAAAACCUUGUAAACACUUAAGAAGUCACAUUUCAUGCCCAAUCUUCAUGUAACUUUGUCAAAAUGUUUGCCUGAUAUGAUAUGUUGGUCGAGUUCAAAAGUGGUUCCGGUCCGUUGAAAAACAUGGCCGCCAGUGGGCGGGGCAGUUUUUCUUAUUUGGCUAUAGAGAAACCUUGUAAACACUCUAGAAGUCACAAUUUUUGCCCAAUCAUAAUGAAAGAUGGUCAAAACAUUGGUUUUAUUGAUAUCUCGGAGGAGUGCGAAAAUGGUCCAGAUCGGUGAAAAAACAUGGCCGCCAGUGGGCGGGGCAUUUUUCUCUAUAUGUAUAUAGUGAAAACAUGUGAACACUCUAGAAGUCACAUUUUUGGCCCAAUUUUCAUGAAAUUUGGUCAAAACAUUUGUUUCCUUGAUAUGAGAGUUGAGUUCAAAAAUGGUUCCGGUCAGUUGAAAAACAUGGCUGCGGGGGGGGGGGGGGCAGUUUUCCUUAUUCGGCUAUAUAGAAACCUUGUAAACACUCUUGAAGUCACAAUUUUUGCCCAAUCAGCAUGAAAGUUGGUCAAAACAUUGGUUUCAUUGAUAUCUCGGUCUAGUUCAAAAAUAGUUCAGAUCGACGACAAAAUAUGGCCGCCAGUGGGUGGGGCAUUUUUCUCUAUAUGUAUAUAGUGAAAACAUGUGAACACUCUAGAAGUAACAUUUUUGGCCCAAUUUUCAUGAAAUUUGGUCAGAACAUUUGUUUCCUUGAUAUGAGAGUUGAGUUCGAAAAUGGUUCCGGUCAGUUGAAUAACAUGGCUGCUGGGGGGGGGGGCAGUUUUCUUAUAUUUAUAUAGUAAAAAAAGCUUGUGAACACUCUAGAAAUCACAUUUUUUGCCCAAUCAUCAUGGAACUUGGUACAAAGAUUGUUUUUAUAUAUAUAUCACAUAAUUAAUGCCAUAAUUAUUGCCAUCACAUAAUUAAUUCCAUAAUUAUUGCCCUUAGAUAGUCCAAAUUUUCAUUUUUAUUAUACAAAAUCCUUGUAAACACUCUAGAGGUCACACUUUUGUUUCAGAUUUUAUGAAUCUUGGUCAUAAUAUUUAUUUUUGUAAGCAAAGUUUGAUGAUUGGGAAGGGGGGGGGGGUCAACUCAAAAUAUAGGUCACCAGGUCAAAUCGGACAAAAACAAAAACACUCCAUAUGCCAGAGUUUUGGUUCAAUAAUGAUGAAACUUGACCAGGAUGUUUGUCUGAGUUUGACGUUUUGUAAAGAUUGAAUGAACCGACUCCUCUCAGGUGAGCGAACUAGGGCCAUCUUGGCCCUCUUGUUAUGACUACAAUUUGUUUUUAUAGUGUUAUAACAAGACCUGCAGAAGUUAGUUAAAUUUGAAAAAUUAAUGUAAAUAAAAUGUAAAUUUCAAAUGUAUCUUGUAGCAAAUCUUAAUGAAGUUGAACCAUGUUGAGUGCAAUAUAUUUUAUUGGCCUACUUUUAUUGUACAGUUCAGAUUCUUUACCCAUAAUCAUGGUCUUUUAUAUGUAUAAUAUAAACCUAACAGUGUUGUGAACAUGAUUGUUUACUGGGUGAUGUGUGUAAGACAUCCCACGACUUUUUGUACGCUUAAAACUAGAAUUUAAGAAAUUAAGACUAUUGGUGCUUGCAAAACACUUUACACAGAGUAAAUAUUAUAUUAAUUGUUUUUUCUAAUUAAUUACUGUGUAUUUUUUUUUUCUUACAUUGUUUUGACUUAUGCAUUGGUUAUUAUUUUCUUGUAACUUAUUUAUUGCCUUGACAUGUUUAUGUCUGAACUAUUGUCUUUCUAUCAAGUCUUUUUUUAUGAUCCCCUUACUAAUAAAUAACUGUUGGAUAAAAACAUUGUGUUACAAAUUUAACAGUGAGUGAAUUAAUAAGUAUGCUCUAGUAAUUUUUAUUAAUUUAUAGUUAAGUUGCUUACAAUUUAAUUAAUAAAAAUAUAAUUGUUAUGCCCCCGGAUAAUGAUCGUGGGUAUAUUAUUUUUGGCCUGUCCGUCAGUCAUUCAUUCAUUCAUUCAUUGUAUGUGUGUGUCCCCAAACCUUAACCUUGGUCAUAACUUUUGCAAUAUUAAAGAUAUCAACUUGAUAUUUGGCAUGCAUGUGUAUCUCAUGGAGCUGCACAUUUUAAGUGGUGAAAGGUCAUGGUCAUGGUCAUCCUUCAAGGUCAAAUAUAUGGCUUCAAAGCAGCGUAAUAGGGGGCAUUGUGUUUCUGACAAACACAUCUUUUGUUAAAUUAAUUGCUGAUUAAAAUUGCGUGCAUCAAGGCCCAUUCCCCAAACAUGAAGCAAAAUAUAUUGUAAGUCUUAUGUCAAAUUGACAGAAUACCUAAAGAGUGUGGAGAAAAUAUAUACUACAUUUGUUUACAGUUCCAAUUGUGUCUGUAUCCUAGAUUUAUUGCCAGCUUCUGUCAUUGAAUGUGAAGUUUGACUCAAAUUUUACAAACCAAACAUAUUUGUUCAUAUGUUUAUACUACUAUUGUUUUCAGUCUUGCAGUUUACUGCAACAAUAUUACAUGUAGUUAAUAAUAACAACAUAAAUUUAAUUUGAUUUCUGUGGACACACUAUUUGUGUGCUUUCGAUGGCUGAAAUUACUGUUUUACUUGUUAUUAUUUGUGUAAACAGUAGCUUUAGCAUUCAUGUGAAGUACACAAUGCAGUGGACAUGCUUAACAGUUUUGCGAUUAGCUUUUAAAAGAAAUAAUUUUAAGCAUAGUACUGUGUAUCUAGUUCAAGAUUAUAUUUCUGCUUCUUGCUUGCAUGCUUGGGUGUGCUUGAAUAAUAUAUAAAAACAUUUUGCACUUUUCACUUAUAUUUAGGAACAUAAUGUUGAUGUAUUUUGCUCUUAUUUCAGAAUAUAAAAAUAUAUUUUCAAAUAUAUUCUUGGGGCAUUAUGAAUUGAAAUUAGUAACUGUUGCUUGUGUACUAGUCGCCUGCAAGGCAUGGCUAUGUUGUAUGCUACACUGGUUACAUAUGAUGUCAAUUAUGUAAUUACUCAGUAUAACAGUCUUUUCUUUUUACUAACACUCAUUGUAUAUCAGCUAUGUUAGAUUGUCUCUUGGUAUUGUGUACAGCCAGACUAUGUUUAGGUAUUAAACACUAACUUUUGUUUUUAGUUUUAUUUUAGCAUCAUGUUUUCAACCUGUUGAUUUUUGUUGGCGCUUAAUUAAGACAUUAAAUAUAGAAACCUAAGCAUUAAUUGUAAAUAAAAAAAUAAAGAAGUUA